UCUGAGUAGGAGGUGGCAACAAAAGACCAAAUGCCAUGGAUGUAUUCAAUUUCACCUACUGGAAUGCCUCCGAAGGCAAUGACACAGAAGUUGCUGCAGAGAGCGAGAGCCCCUACAAGACCGUGGAGGUGGUGUUCAUCGUGUUGGUGGCCGGUUCCCUCAGUUUGGUCACCGUCAUUGGAAAUAUUCUGGUCAUGCUUUCCAUCAAAGUCAACAGGAACUUACAGACCGUCAACAACUAUUUUUUAUUCAGCCUUGCAUGUGCUGACCUAAUUAUCGGACUGUGCUCGAUGAACUUGUACACAGUCUACAUAGUAAUAGGGUACUGGCCCCUGGGGCCUGUGGUGUGCGACUUGUGGUUAGCCUUGGACUAUGUCGUCAGUAAUGCGUCUGUCAUGAAUCUACUCAUCAUCAGUUUUGACAGAUAUUUCUGUGUCACCAAGCCCCUCAGCUACCCUGUCAAAAGGACCACCAAGAUGGCAGGGAUGAUGAUCGCUGCAGCCUGGGUUCUGUCUUUUAUCCUUUGGGCACCAGCCAUCCUCUUCUGGCAGUUCAUUGUGGGUGGGCGGACAGUGCCUGAGAAGGAGUGCUACAUCCAGUUCUUCUCUAAUGCCGCAGUCACUUUUGGCACUGCCAUCGCCGCCUUUUACCUGCCUGUCAUCAUCAUGAUUCAGCUCUACUGGCAAAUCUCCAGAGCAAGCAAGAGCCGUGUGAAGAAGGAUAACCGCAAGCCUUCUUCAGGAGCCAAUCCAGAGCCCCUGUCACCUGUCCAGAGGAGGACCAACACACCCAAGCCCAACAAUAACAAUGCAGGGGAGGACACCGGUCGUUCCCCGAGCCAGCAUGCUGUGGAUGGUGCCAACCACAAUGAUGGGAAGUUGCAAAACGGAAAAGGACCUUCCUCGAUGACUGCUGAUGGAGAGACCGAGGGUGAAGACGCCACGAGAGAGACCUGUGCUCCAGGAGAAGAGAAGGGCUCCAAUGAUUCAACAUCUGGCAGUGUGGCUGCGUCCAAUCAGAAGGACGACGAGGCAGCCCCUUCGACUGUGAACUGCAGUGCGGGGACAAGCCAACCGCCCCCUCGGCAGCGAGCAAAGGCAGGGGUCUCCAAGCUCACCUGCAUCAAGAUCAAGACAAAAUCCCCCAAGGGUGACUGCUACACACCGUCCAACGCCACAGUCGAGAUUGUCCCAGCCACAGAGAGACAGAAUCACGUGGCACGGAAGAUUGUAAAGAUGACAAAGCAAGCGCCCAUCAAGAAGAAGAAAGCGGCGCCAUCACGCGAGAAAAAAGUUACCCGAACCAUCAUGGCCAUCCUGGUAGCUUUCGUUGCCACCUGGACUCCUUACAACGUGAUGGUGCUAAUAAACACCUUCUGCUCCAGCUGCAUCCCAAACACAGUGUGGACUAUUGGCUACUGGCUGUGCUACAUCAACAGCACCAUCAACCCGGCCUGCUAUGCUCUCUGCAAUGCCACAUUCAAAAAGACAUUCAAACAUCUUCUCCUCUGCCAGUAUAAAAACAUUAGGUCAGCUAGAUAAGUUUUAGCCACCAAGGAGAAAAUGUUGAAGUAUGAGUUGCCUGAGUGUGUGUAUGUUCCAUCCAUGUAUAUUCCUGGGUUUGUCUGUAAAAGGUUGGUGUGCUUGUGAAGUCUGCAAGAGAACAUUUGAAAAUUACUUUCCAUCAUUUCAUUUUUUUUUUUUUUCCUCUCUCAAUAACCGGUUGUAGCACUUUACAGGAAUUCAACUGAUGCCAGUUGUGUUGAUAUGUGUCGUGCAGAAGCAGCGUAGAAAAAGAAGAUCGUGAAAUAUUCAAUAUUAGUCUGAGUUUUUAAGCUCAAGAAAAUUGGGUUUGUAAAGCAGGGGAACACUUUGGAGUGACAGAGAGCUGAUAAAAACAUUUGAAAAAAAGAGUAGAGGAAGAUCUGCGCAGUACGGAAACACAAGAAAACUUCAAAAUGGGAAAAUAGGGCUGACUGAAUCUAUAAACCUCAGAAGUUUGAAGUUCAGUGAAGACACCUGUAGAUAACUGUACAUAUCAGUGUGAAAUCAAUAUUCAAGUGGGCGCACAUGUGGGUGUGUGCUGGUUCAGAGUAUCCGUGAACACCCAUCUGUGCCCCGCUGCCUGCCUUCCUUCUAUCCGUCUGUGAUCUUCAUCAUGCACUUCCAACCAGCAACAUGUAGAAUAAAGUGGGGCAGCUAGCUAGUGUAGAUUGCCUCUGAUAUGGUCACAUCAGGGCUGGAAGCUUUCCCAUCUACAAAUGCGCCUCUAUGGGAAUGAGUUGCUAUUAAUACAUGAUAAUAAACUGUAUAAAUAUAUUAACACUGCAUUUGUUGACUUUGCAUGCUGGAGGGCCAAACUGGUGAGGAAUACAUUGAAACUUCAAAAUCUAGUCAGCCAAACUACAUAACAAUUUCUCAAUGUCUUAGACCAUAUAGCACCUUUAUGUUACUUAGCCAGCUAAUGAAAUAUGUGCCCCAAAAAGGACCUCCAUCUACAACAAUGGAGAUGAAUGCAGUGCUCACCACAUCAAAGAUUAACAUACAAAACAUUUGACAGCAGCAUGUCUUUCCAGAAGCACUAUCCGAACUACAUAGUCAACCUUCCACUGAACUCCUUUUUUCAACAUUACUUUGUAAUUACAGCAUCACAGAUGACCAUAUGUGAGAUUUUUCAAUUUCUACAAACGUACUCUUUUCUAGACCAAUUUGGUGCCAUUAAAAAGAUAAAUCUUGCAAUCGGUGAAGAAAUGCUCAUUGUCUAAGUUGGACCUUCCAGAUUAAUCAGUGAUCCAUCCAAAAAAAGGAACCUCCUCCUCUUAGCUAAACAAAAAAAAAAGAAGAAGUUUCAGAUUUUGGGACAUGUACGUUAUUCUUAGACUUGACCAGACGCUAGGUCUUAGACUUGAAACUGAUAACUCAAACAGUUAGCUUAACUUAGCAUACAGAUAAAAGCAUUGGGAACAGCUAGCCUAAAUCCAUCCCUGUGUUUAACAAAUAAUCAACUCCCAGCAUCUCUCAAACCAGUUCUCAAGCCCAACAUGUCAAACACAGAAGCUUGGUCUGUGGCCUCAACGCUUUAAAAUAUAAAAAAACUAGUUAGCGCUCAAGUGUCAGUGUAAAUUUCAUGCCUCAAACCAGGAACUUAAAAGUAAUAAUUUUAUUUAAUAUUGUUGUUGAAUUCUAUCUAUGGAUCGACGGUGGUGCUAGCUUAUCCAACAAAGUCCCGUGACCAGUAGUUGAGUAAGUUACUAAUGGCAUGCUAACGGACUGGCUAGGCCGUAUGCAGUACUGUUGGAGUAUGUACAGGCAGAAUGUUAGUGUAUGGUUUUCGGACACAGCCCUGAGUAAGAGUCCAGUAUUUAGCACCCAAAACCGCCAGCCGAUGUUGACUUUUGUGCUCAUCCUAUUGUGUCUAACAUCACAUUGAAACAUUAAGCUAGGGUAACAUAUCUUGAAAUGAAACCACAUCUAUACACUGACCACGCUGCUGUAUUUGACAACUUCAAAGUGAGAACAGGCUGCUUAACCCCACUAUAUAUACCAUGUCUUUUCCCAUUUUUAGAGGACAAAAAAAAAAAAAAACAACUUGUAAAGAUGACAAAGUAAUGUCUAGGAGCUAAAAACUUCCUGAGUUCAUCCUUACGUGGACAUUUGGUGCAUCUAGCCAAAAACUAGUCCCUUAAAUAAUCAAUGUAAAACCAUCAUUUGUCAUUUUCACAUUUUAGAUUUUCUUUGAGACAACAUCCUGUCCUGCAUGAUAAUAGAGAAUAACAGAAUAGCUGUAAGAACAACAAAGUGACAACAAACAACACGUUAUGACUAAGCAGAAAAACAGAAAAAAAGAAAAUGUGGCAUGAGAUUGUUCAGUCGCACUCUUUGAUUUGCCAGCUUGUUGCAUCACAUCACGUCCGCUUUUCCAGCUGCUGACAGGAUGUUUGAUGUAUAUUUUAUGGUUUUCAUGUUUGCUGUCGAGUUUACUCACCGAUGCUAGGAAGCUUCCUACUCGGGAGUGAAACAGGUGGCUGGAGCUCAGAGCUGAGACUCAUUACUGUAUGUGGGAAGGUAUUGUGUGGUUCUUUUUUUUGUUGUUUUCUCCUGUUGUUUUUUGGUGUGUGCGGAUGAGUGGGAGACUUCAUUUGAUCCUGCUGAUUAGUGGAUUGAUGUCUCAGCGUGUACAGUACUCUACUGUACUGAUGAUGAUUGUGAAGACCUGUAUGUGUGUGUGAGUUUGUGUGUGGGUGCUCCUGUGUGAGGUUUGUGUAGGUAGUAUAAAUGCUGACGAGUGUUCGCUCCAAGAGUGGAGUCUACUUCUGAUCACAGGAUAAAACCUUGUGAUUUAAAUAAGGGCUAUUUCCACGUCUUCAGUGUAACGCAUCUUCAGCUUCAUCAACAACCAAUUUAAAUCCAUAUAAGUAAUAUAUAGUCGUGUUUGUAUUCAUAGUAAAAGAAAUGAGAACAUUUCAAUUAAGUGUAAGACAUGUUCUGUGUAUCCAUGCAUGUCAUCCAUCAUUUCAGCCUAUUAGACGUUUCUCGAGUUACAUUAAUGUAUGCACAUCAGUCGCAGCCAUGAAUAUUCAUGAGCGCUUGCCAUCAGGAGGUUGCCGCAGAGAGGUGCUGGUAGGGGGGCUUUGCAAAGACUUACGCCUGCACCGAAUACCUCCUUAAGGCUUGUCUCCUUUUUUUUUUUUUUUUCUCCCCC